CUUUCUAAUUACAUUAAUUUGUCUAUUGGUAUUGCUGAUCUCAAGUCUAAUAAUUGUCAUCGAAAAGUCUUUGUUUAACUUUUCUACUUGUUUGUUAUAUCUGCUAUUACAAUCUGCUUCAAAUAAUCUCAGAACAUUCUUAAGGUUGUGUUUUAUGUGAUUGGGCGUUAAAUGUUUCCUCUUGCAUUCCAGGAGAAAGAUUCUUCUAUUUAUCAUGGAUGCUAAUAGAUGAUCUUAAAACUAAGUUAACACCUGACAUCAUUGAUGAAUACCAAAGAAGACAAAAUAAACAGUAUAGUAGGAUUUUUGAGAAAAUAAAACUAAUCAAUAUAAACAAGAUGAGAAAGUUAGAAGACCUAAACAAACAUAAACAUUUCAAAACCCAAGACAAAUGGCUAAAAAAUCUGACAAGGACAACUCUACCAGAAGACGUAAAAACCAUGCUAGCAUUGGGUCCCAAGUUUAGUGUGCCAGUUUCAGCAAACCAAACACCAAUAUACAGACUCAUUACAGAUAUUGAAGACCUGAUACAAAAAAUUCCAAAUGAAAGAAGAGACCUACUAAGGGCACAGAUUACAAGCAUUACCACCAAUUUCAUCUACCGAAACCAAAAUAAAAACUACAUAUCUGAAAAAUUAUAUAAUACAACAAAGAACUUUUUGAAAUUAAACAAUGAAUUAAUCAUACUAAAUAGUGAUAAAGGAUCAGUUACAGUAGUCAUGGAAAGAUCAGAUUACACACAAAAAAUGUUAAGCAUCAUCAACUCAGACGAGUUCAGUGAAAUCCACAGAGACCCAACACCUAGCAUACAGACCAAAAGUAAUGGUUUCAUAUCAAUGCUACUUACACACAAAGUCAUUAAUAGAGAAAAGGCUAAAUCCAUGAAAGUCUAUAAUUCGACAGCACCAAAAAUUUAUGGUAACCCUAAAAUUCAUAAGGAUGGUGUCCCUCUCAGACCCAUAGUGUCCUGCAUCCAAUCACCAACCAGACAUCUCUCUGAGUUCAUAGUGGACAUAUUAAAAAGUGCUUAUGAUAAAGGAGGAAAAAUGGAUAGGGAUGAACGUAGUAUUGAUGUCAAAGAAGAGGUGCAUAUUAUCCCCGAUGAGGUGAAAUUUGAAGAGAAAUUAGAAGUUUUCGAACAAUUUAUAGAUGGAAAUGGAGUUUAUGGAAGAGAAAAAUAUAUAAUUAAGAAUGAAGAAAUUAACUCAAAUUCCUUAGUUGUAGAAGGUGAUUCAAAUCAGUCAUCAGUCUCUUUUACCGAAGAAAUGUUUCCAGUAUUACAUUCACCAGGCAAUAAAUCUGAACCGGAAUAUCACUUGGUUGAUUAUCCUGCAUGUGAAGAAAAAUAUGUUGAUAAACACAUACAGUAUGAUCAUACCUCCAGUUCUAUAGAUGACAAGAAACGGCAGACUAAAUUAGGAGUCGUAGAUAUUUUUGAACAAUUUAUAGACAAAGAAAGAGUUCAUGAUAGAGAAGAAUACAUAAUUAAGAAUGAAGGCAGUAACUCAAAUUCCUUAGUAAUAGAAGGCGAUGCAAAUCAUUCAUCUGCCUCUUUAACUGGAGAAAUUCCCGGAGUAUUAGAUCCAGCAAGCAAUGAAUCUCUUCCUUUGAAUAUUAAGAAUCACAAGUGUGCCUCUUUUAAAGGACAAAAACCUCAAGUAUUAGAUUCUCUGAUGAAUAACUCUGAAACAGUUCACUUGGAGGAGAAUGAAUGUAAUAACAGUUGUCCUUCGAGUGAAAAACAUGAUCUUGGAACUCGCAUCCAGUGUGGUUCAAGUUCGAAAAAUCGCAAUAAAAAAAAGGUAAAAUCCAUCCAUUCAAAUAUCAAAAAUCACAAGUGUGAUUUAUGUGACUAUGUUGCAAAUAGAAAAUGGGACCUUGAAAAUCAUACAAACUCAGUUCAUUUAAAUAUCAAAAAACACGAAUGUCACUUAUGUGACUAUGUUACAAGUAGAAACUGGGACCUUCAAAAGCAUGUCAAUGGUGUUCAUCUGAAUAUUAGAAAACACAAGUGUCAUUUAUGUGAAUUUGCUGCAAGCUCGAAAACCGUCCUUGAUAAUCAUGUAAAAUCUGUUCAUUUAAAUAUAAAGGAUCACAAGUGUAAUUUAUGUGAAUUUCCUUCAUAUGAAAAUCAAAAACUCGAUGUACCCAUAAAAUGCGUUCACCUGAAAAUCAAAGAAAACAAGUGUCAUCUAUGUGACUAUGAUACAAGCACCAAAGGUAGUCUUCGAAAGCAUAUUGAAUCUGUUCAUAUGAGAAUUAAGAAUCACAAGUGUAACUUAUGUGAAUUUGCUGCAAGCACGAAAUCCAUUCUUGAUAGUCAUGUAAAAUCUGUUCAUUUAAAAAUCAAAGAUAACAGAUGCCAUCUAUGCGAGUAUGUUGCAUGUAGAAAAGAUACUCUUCAAAAUCAUAUUGAUUUUGUUCACUUAAAUAUCAAGAAAUACAAGUGUGACCUAUGUGAAUAUGCUGCGAGUGUCAAGAAAUGCCUUGUAGCGCAUGUUAAGACAACACAUUUAAAAAUUAAGGAGCACAAGUGCCAUUUAUGCGACUACGAUACAGAAAGAAAAGGAAGUCUACAAAGACACAUUGAUUCUGUUCAUUUGAAACUCAAGCAACAUCAGUGUCAUCUAUGCGACUAUGCUGCAUCUGUAAAAGAUGGCCUCCGAUAUCAUAUCAAUUCUGUUCAUUUGAAAAUUAAUGAACACAAGUGUGAUACAUGUGAGUAUGUUACAAACAGUAAAAGUACUCUUCAAAAGCAUAUUGAAUGCGUUCAUUUAAAGAAACACAAGUGUCACUUAUGCGAAUAUACUGCAAAUAUGAAAACCAAACUCAAUAAACACAUAAAAACCGUUCAUUCGAAAAAAUAAGAUAAUACAAGUGUCCACUAAGUGAUUCCAUUACACAUAGAAGAAGUUACCUCAAGAAGCAUGUAGACCAUAUACAUCUAAAAUAUCACAAAACACAAGGGCGACUUAUGCAAAUUUGCUGCAGGAGAAAAAACAUAAACUUGAUGUACACAUAAAAACAUUUAAAAAUCAAGGAAUACAAGUGUCAACUAUGUGAGAAUUAUGCAGGUAGAAAAAAUAGUCUUAAGAGGCAUAUCGUUAAUAUUGACGCAAAUAUCGAGGACCCUUUGUUAUUGUGACAAGUAUAAUUUUUCGCUAAUGUAUUUUAUAUUUUUCAUGGAAUCGUUUCUUCUGUCAUCUGAAGUGAUCGAGUCAUUUCCUCUUAAAGUAGAUUUACCAAUGUUAGAUAUCAUAAAGAAUAUGCAAACUUGUACCUAUACCUUUUAUUGUGGGAACUAAAGGAGUUAGAAGAAAAAGUUAAAUAUAAAAUUUGUCUGUAA